UUGAAGCACGUGACCUGAGAACACGAGGCAUCGUUUCAAGAUGGUUUUGUUUGUGCUCUACGAACAUGCAUCUGGCUAUGCAGUGUUUAAAGUUACAGCCCAAGAAGAAGUCGGUGUUCUUCUACCGGAGGUGCAAGAAUCUGUUAUGGAUUUGGCUCGCUUCGGAAAACUUGUGAAACUUGUAGCCUUCUCACCUUUCAAAUCAGGGACAAAUGCUUUAGAUAACAUCAACUGUGUUUCAGAAGGAGUUGUUCAUAAAGAUCUAAAAGCAUUCCUAGAAGCCAAUGUACCCACUGGCAAAAAGAAGUCCAAAGUUUGCCUUGGCGUUAGUGACAGCAAACUGAGUGCUGCUAUCCAAGAGUCAGUAGAAAUCUUCUGUGAAUCAAAUAAUGUAGUUACUGAGGUGUUGAGAGGAAUUCGUCUGCAUUUUGAGAAGAUGAUCAAGGGCCUUACAGGGCAAAUGGCAGCAAAAGCACAGCUUGGUUUAGGGCACAGUUAUUCCCGAGCCAAAGUAAAGUUCAAUAUUCAUAGAGUGGAUAACAUGAUCAUUCAGUCAAUUGCCUUGUUGGAUCAACUGGAUAAAGACAUAAACACCUUUUCAAUGAGAAUCAGGGAGUGGUACUCUUAUCAUUUUCCAGAGUUGGUUAAGAUUGUUGGUGAUAAUUAUAUGUAUGCUAAAGUAGCAAAGUUUAUCAAGUCAAGAAAAGACUUCACAGAAGACAAACUAGAAGCUCUGGAGGAAAUAGUGAUGGAUGAAGGCAAGGCCAAAGCAAUUUAUGAGGCUUCAAAGUCUUCUAUGGGAAUGGACAUUUCUCCAUUAGAUUUGAUGAAUAUAGAGGCAUUUGCUGGGAAAGUUAUAGGCUUAUCGGAUUACAGGAAAAGUCUGCAUCAGUAUCUAAUAUCUAAAAUGUCCAGUGUUGCACCAAAUCUUUCAUCUCUAAUUGGUGAAUUGGUUGGUGCAAGACUUAUUUCACAUGCUGGUAGCCUUACCAACUUAGCCAAAUAUCCAGCAUCAACAGUUCAGAUUCUGGGAGCUGAGAAAGCCCUUUUCAGAGCUUUAAAGAAAAAGGGCAAUACACCAAAAUAUGGACUCAUCUUCCAUUCGUCAUUCAUUGGACGUGCAAACAAGAAAAACAAGGGUCGUAUCUCUAGAUACUUGGCAAACAAAUGUUCAAUAGCUUCAAGAAUCGACUGUUUCUCAGAAAAACCAACCUCCGUGUUUGGAACAAAACUGCACGACCAAGUUGAGGAUCGCUUAAAUUUCUAUGAGACUGGUGAAGCUCCGAGGAAGAACAUAGACGUCAUGAAAGAAGCCAUUGAAGAGUUUAACAAAGAUGACGAUGAGAGCAGUGGGAAAAAGAAAAAAAAGUUGAAGAAGGAGAAAAAGAAAAGCAGGCCCCAAGAGGAUGAAAAUGAAAAUCAUUUGAAUGGCCAUGGUGAAAGUCUUACUCAGAAAAGUUCUGAGAAGAAAAAGAAGAAAAGACAAUCAGAAGAGGUCGUUGAAAAUGAGAGUGAGGAGCCCAAGAAAAAGAAAAAGAAGAAGCAAGAGCCGGAAAUUGAAAUUAAAAUCGAGGAUGGGGAAAAGAAGAAGAAGAAAAAGAAACUGAAGACUGUUGAGUAAGGAAAUUACACCUGGCACUCUUUAUCAACAUGUUAAGACACAGUCAUUUCCUUGCUAGCUAGAGCUCCUUCCUUCACCUGAAGGAAAUAAGGGAGAAAAGAAUUUCUCUAUGUAAAACAGUAUUCUCUCUGUUAAGUCCCUUUGGGGCUUAUUUAUUUCCACUUCAUUACAAGGCAUGCUUUAAUAGAAAAGGGGGGAGGUUAUUUUAAUCAGGUAGGAAAAGGCUAAAGUAUUAUUCUGAGUAUUUUUCUAAAUUUAAGUAUAAGAUAUACACUUGUGAUGAACAUUUUAUCAUAUGGGUAAUCUACUUUUUGUCACCUAUAUUAUGUACACUAAUUUCAAAAAGGGUUGCUAUAGCCCAAAACAAAAAGGAGACAGGUUAUUCCAAGACUAAAAGGAAUCAUGCAUAUACAACUUAACAUGAAACAGAUGUAUAUUUAACUAAACAUCUGCCAUGUUUAUGAGGGAAUCUCAUCUUUUCUUUUGAAGCCACUGUUAUACUGCUGCCUAUGAUGUCUUUCAAGAAUGGUGGGUGAAGGGGAGGGGGGACUAAAUAGAGAGAAUGCAACAUUUUUAAUUCCUUGAUUCCAUUUUAGCAAAACCUGUCAAUGUAGAAUUGUGUUAAGUAACGCAUGUGUUUGGAAUGAACUUGUUCUUUUUACUGCCGAUCUGAACUGAUUACAAUCGCUUAUUACUCUAGUUACAUAGUCAUUUGUUGCUGUUUCAAUUGUCAAUAAAUGUCACAUGACGAUCAGAUUA